AUGGCCACCACACCUUACAAAGAUGAACCUGACUACGACAGCAGCUCCUCCUCCAUCACCGUACCAGAAUCUACCCGGAGCUGGAUGAGUAACCUGAGCUUCGGAAGCCGCCGUCGCCGAAGCUCCGUCUCCGUAUCUUCCACCACCACAUACACCUCUUCAACUAUAUCUUCCAACGCUAAACCUCACAAGGCAAAUCAAGUUGCAUGGCAGGCCAUGAGCCGACUCCGACUCGACAAAGGUCGAGUCGGACUCGACCAUUUCCGCCUCUUAAAACGACUUGGAAGCGGCGACAUAGGGAAUGUGUAUCUUUGUCAGAUAAGAAACCCGGUGGUGGGUUUGCCUCAGUGUUUGUAUGCCAUGAAAGUCGUUGAUAGAGAAGCACUUGCUAUAAGAAAGAAGCUUCAGAGAGCUGAGAUGGAGAAGGAGAUUUUGCGUAUGCUUGAUCACCCUUUUUUGCCUACUUUGUAUUCCGAGUUUGAUGCUUCUCAUUACUCUUGUUUGGUAAUGGAGUUUUGUCCCGGUGGCGACUUAUACGCUUCUCGCCAACGCCAACCUGGGAAGCGCUUUUCCUUAUCAUCCUCUAAGUUUUAUGCAGCUGAGACACUAUUGGCGCUAGAAUAUCUACACAUGAUGGGAAUAGUAUACAGAGAUUUAAAGCCAGAGAAUGUUUUAGUAAGAGAAGAUGGACACAUAAUGCUAUCAGAUUUUGAUCUUUCUCUCAAAUGCGACGUCGUUCCAAAGCUGUUAAGAAGCAAAACAAGAUUAGAACGUAGCAUCAAAACCACUACAAAGAGAGCUUCAACACCUUCAUGCAUUUCACCCAUGCAACCAGUUUUAUCAUGCUUAUUAUCAUCAAGCAAGAAAAAGAAAACGACAGUUGAAACAGUUAUAAGAGAGAAUGUUCAAGAAGAGUUUGAGGUUGAUCUUGAUCCUGAUUUCGUAGCGGAACCAAUCGAAGCAAGAUCGAAAUCAUUCGUGGGGACACAUGAGUAUUUAGCACCAGAAGUUAUAUUAGGACAAGGUCAUGGAAGUGCAGUGGAUUGGUGGACAUUUGGUGUUUUUUUGUUUGAGAUGUUAUAUGGAAGAACACCGUUUAAAGGUGAAAACAAUGAGAAAACAUUGGUUAACAUUCUUAAACAAGAAUUAUGUUUUCCUAGGAUUACUGUUAAUUGUAAUUAUGAGUUUGAAGAAAUGGUGAAAGUUCAAGAUCUUAUAAGUAAACUGUUGGUGAAGAAUCCAAAUAAGAGAAUUGGAAGUUGUUUGGGUUCUGUUGAGAUUAAAAGACAUGAGUUUUUCAAAGGUGUUAAUUGGGCUUUGAUUAGAUCAGUUAAACCUCCUGAAGUUCCUAGUGAUAAGAACCAGAUUAGGAAUAGGGUUAUGGUGCCUAAAUUAAGCAAGAAAGAUAGAGAUCUACCAUUUCAACCUAAUAAUCGAUUUGAUUACUUCUAA